CAUCCUCUGAGAGUGAAGAAUGAACAGAAUUUCUUUGGAUUCUGAUUUCGUUUAUUCCAGAAAUUGCCCUCAUGCGAGUUCCAGUGGGGUUCUUCGCCAAGCUCUGGAGCUUCAUCUCCUUCCUUCCUUUCUUCUUCUCGCUUCUCGUCCUCGGCCUUCUCAAAGCUGCAAUCGUUGGCCCUAUUGCGGCCGCGAUUAUUGCGAUUGGAAACUCGUCCGUCAUCGUUGGGCUUUUUCCUGCGCAUUUUUUCUGGAGCUUCUUCUGCCUGGCGAGAACCAAGAGGUUAGGGCCAGUUCUUAAAACUGUGGUGCUGGUUUUAUUGCCCCUGCCUCUGAUGAUUUGGCCAAUCGCCGGCGUAAUUGGGAGCUUGCUUGGCGGGAUUGGAUAUGGUUUUUUCGUUCCCCUACUUGCAACUUUCGAGGCAGUCGGAGGUGGGAUCACCGGCAAACUUUAUCACUGCUUUGCUGAUGGUUGUUUGUCCACGAUUAGAGCAAGCUGCACAAUAGUGGUGGAUUUUACAGAUUUCUGCUUCCAUUCUUACUUUUCAUACAUGGAUGAACUGGGUGAGUUAAUGCACGGUGAUGAGAAGCCCAUGGAAGUGAAGUUGUCGAGACUUCCAAGUUGUUUAUUUGCCAGUGUGAUUGGUAUUCCAGUUGAUAUGCUUUCUAUUACUUUAGUUGCGCUAUGGAAAAGUCCUUACAUGCUAUUCAAAGGAUGGAAGAGGCUGUUGGAAGAUUUGAUUGGUAGGGAAGGACCAUUCUUGGAGGCAGUAUGUGUUCCAUUUGCUGGCCUUGCAAUCAUCUUAUGGCCCUUGGCUGUUAUCGGAGCGGUGAUAAGUGCAGCCGUCUCUAGCUUCUUUCUAGGGCUCUAUGCUGGAGUUAUUGUUCAUCAGGAAAACUCAUUUCGGAUGGGGAUUGCUUAUAUAUUGUCAGUGGUUUCAAUGUUUGAUGAAUAUGCAAAUGAUCUACUAUACUUGAGGGAGGGAUCUUGUAUUCCCAGGCCAAAAUAUCGUAGAAACUUGAGCUCAGACCUUAACAGGGAGGAUUGUAUUAAUGAUACUAAUGAUCAGAGAACUGCAAGAGAUGGUUCACACAGUCAUAAAGUUGUCUCCGAACAAUCGAUGACAUUGAAAUGGAUGAUCCAACAAUACAAACACGUUCAGGUUUGGGAUUGGCUGUUUAAGUCGUGUGAAGUGAAUGGUCGAAUACUUCUCCAAGAUGGUCUGAUAACAACGGAAAACAUUGAGGAAUGCAUUCUGAAGGGUAACUGUAAGCAGUUAAGCAUCAAGUUACCGGCAUGGUGUAUAUUACGAUGCUUGCUUUCCUCUGCAAAGUCCAACUCUCAUGGGUUGGUCAUCUCUGAUGAUAUGGAGUUGACAAGAACAAACUUGCCAAGGGACAAAAUGUUUGAAUGGUUUCUUGGGCCAUUGUUGAUCAUGAAGGAGCAAAUAGAGAGAUUACAGUUAGAAGAAAAUGAAGAAAUCUGCUUGAGAAUAUUGAUCAUGAAAGGCAGAAAUGAAAAACCUGAGGAUUGGGACGAAUUCGGCUUUCCUUCCAGCGACACCGUCAGGAGAGCACAGCUGCAGGCCAUAUUUAGAAGAUUACAGGGUAUUGUUGGUUUCAUGUCACGAGUUCCAAGUUUUCGACGGCGGUUUAGAAACUUGAUCAAGGUACUGUAUGUUGAAGCCAUCCAGAUGAGCACUUCAGCAAAGGGCGCAAGAGUUAGAAAUGGUAGCAAGAGCUCAGGAAAAUGUAGAGAUGGAAAAGAUAGGGAAGGGGAAACUGCAAACACGAAACGAAAAGUCCCCGACAUUGCCAAUGUAGUAUGAUACGGCUUCUUCUUCUUCUUCGUCCUCCCUGCUGUUUGUCUGCUUUAUAAUAGAAGAAUCAACGAUGAGGGAAACAAUUCCAGGUACCGUGUUUUCUGUUUACCAAAUCAACGCUGAUGCAAAUAUUAGAAUUAGCUCUUCCUUUGAAUGA